AAGUGAGUGAUCUGUAGAAUUUAUAAUUUUAUAAUAAAAAAAAUAGUGAGUGUUUACUUAAAGUAACUAGUUGUGAGCUGUAAAAAAAUGUCAUUAUUUUUUUAACCACAUUGGAUAAAUAUUUUGUGAUAUAUAUUGACGGAAAUAAUUAUUUAUAUUACAAUAUUAUUAUUAAUAUAAAUAAGUGUCCAACAUACAGUAACAGUGACGACAGUUUGAGCAUCUUAUGAGGGUCCCAUGGCUACCGGAUUGGUCAAGUGGUGGCGAACACGAUUUCUCGCUGGCUAUAAGCCUUUUUCCGUUGUUGGAGGUAUUGCCGAAGGAAGUGACUCUGAAGAAUUAUUAUCAGCAAGUGUACCAUCUAACUGCAACAGCACAUCAUUACCACCAUCAGCGGCAUUAAAUCCAACUACUCCGACAUCAGAAUCUUCUCCAUCAGUAUCAGCACCAACAUCAUCAUCAUCAUCAUCAUCAUCAUCAUCAUCAGUUCCAGUAGGUAGUUUUAUACCGGAAACAUUGCUGCCAGAACCUUUAAUACCGGAAAUUCUGGCACCAUCAUCUGCAAAAGUAUCACCAACAGCUAUUAUUAAUAAUCCUGUUUCAUCAUCAUCUUCGGUGUCUUCACCAACGAUAACAGCAGCUACACCAGCAGUUGUAUCUUCCACGACAAAUAAUUAUGAACAACCGGCUGUAUCAAAUACAAGGCAAUUUAGUUUUGAGGAAUUCGAGUGUGAUGUAUCUGUUGCGGAGGAUAACAGAAGAAGGCAAGAAUUUUCUUUUACACUUUAUGACUUUGAUGGACACGGGAAGAUAACUAAAGACGAUAUAGCUGGACUUGUUACUUCCAUUUACGAUUCACUUGGUACGUCAAUUGAAGUACCACCAUGCGGUAGUAAAACUAUAAAAGUAAAACUCACCGUGUCCCCGGAUAAAAAUGUAGACGAGGGUGCUGGAGGAGUUACCAGCGCCGGUGGUGGUGCUCUUGCUUCUGCUGGUGAUGCUGGUGAUGCUGGUGAUGCUGGAGAACCACAAACUCCUGCUGUAAAAAAAACCCCAACAGUACUACUACCAACAACAAGUGUUGUUAACGCAAGUACGUCAUGCUGUCACAUCAAACCCGUUAAAUCGUGCAGUCACGCGACACACGCCAGCCGUAGGGUUCCACGAAGACGGAGAAUUCUUCGUAAUCGUGCACAGACAGAAUUAGUAGCCGCGUGGCACAGCGAAGAAGACGUUGAUAAUGUACCAGGGAAUAUUUCUAAGCAAGAAGAAAUACACAGACGCGUGGGUGGCGGAUCUGUUCAUGUACCAACUCCUUACUCAAACAGCUCCGAAGGUGAUGUCAGUGAUGACAGCGAUUUUUCACCUACGGUAACACCAUUUACACCUUUAGUCACGACAAACCAUCGUAAGCGCAGUGGGUCAAUGCAACGGCAACAGUUACUUGAAAUUAUUCAAGCUAAUAUGGAGAAGAAUAACCUCAGUUUUCAUGCAUCUAGGAAACGACAUCAAAGCGAACACCUCCGCGUGCCUCCUCAACGUCCUUAUGCUGGUGUCUCACCAAUGAGCCCAAUGUACGUACAAACUAGCAGUAGACCACCGUCUGCGAGUCGUCAACCUCCUCCGGCCUAUCAUAAACCGGUUCGAGAGUACUCACAUCAUCAUGCCACGUCUCUUUCUAAACUACCUGCCAAAGCUCGAGAUAAUCAGCGGAAAAUACAAAAUCAUCAUUCGCACACGACACACUUUACCAGUAGUAUUGACACUAAUAUAACAGUACCAACGAUAAUCACAGCGACGACGCCGACGCACCAGCAUCAGCACCAGCACCAGCACCAGCAGCAGCCAAAUUCUAAUUCUAAUUCUAAUAAGCAUCAUUAUCGCAAUAAUUUACAGUCAACGGUAAUGACAACCCCGACGGCUGUUGCCAAUACUCUCGUUGGGCAUAAUUUAUUUAAUACCGAGUCGAUACAGAAAAAUCACAUAAAUCAGCGUAAUAAUGAGCAUGCACAUCAUAACUAUGUACAGUCAUUGAAACAGCAAAAGACUUCGGUUAAUAAUAACAGCAAGGGCAGCAAAAAACAUCAGUUGAAGCAUGCAACUAGGGAACAAGAACAAGCACGAGCAAUGCAACAAGUUGUUCGUUGGCUAGAGCAAGAAUUUUCAUCACAAAAUCCUGAUAAUGAUAACACUAGCAGUACUGGGCGUAGACAUGUUCAUGAACAUAUUCAUCAUCAUUAUCAUCACUAUCAUGCUGAUCCGCUGGUCUGAGAUUGUUU